UAAAUUGCAAAGUAAUUUAUGUGUUUUUUCAACAUUCACACUCAGUGAGAAGGAACCUCUGAAUUGAUUAAAGUGACAAAACUGUGAUAAAUUGAAUCACUGACUCUUAAUGUCCUCUUGCAUUAGUUAGUAUUUAUUUGUUUUACAUCCAGUGUAACAACAACAGUCAGUUUUAAGUUUGCUCUUAUUUUGGGAAAAGUUUUAUGUAUCUGAACUCGCUGAACUUUGAAUACAUCAAGCUGAAAUAUCAAAUAUUCAGUCCAAUGUAAAACUUCAGUUAUUAUUCAGACAUUUUUGCCUUUUUGUUUACAACCUAUAAAAAAAUAAACCUUCAGUGAACAGCAACCCCUGAUGUAUUGUUCUAACAGACUUUACAUUUUAAACAGCAUAUUAUUGUGUUAAGAUCUCUACAACGUUCGCUUACUUCUUACUUCUUGACUCGUAAAUUCAUCAUAAAAACAAAUACACCGAGUUCACUGAGUUCACCGAGGUCAAAAAUAAAGAAAUGCCAACGUUAAGUUAAUGAAAAACCAGAAUCCUACAACACAUUACGGCCUUUAAAGGACCCUGUACUGGGUCUCAAUGCUUUUAAUUUUGCCAUUGAUUUGUGCAAAUAUCACUUAUUAUCACAAUCAGUCUAUGAAUUAUUCAGCGUUUUCUGGUCAAUUCAGCUUAAUACACAUUAAUACACAAGUUUCAGUUAUUUAUUUCAACAUUUCACAUUUCAUGUUUAGCAUUUAGCACAUAACAUGUUUAGCUUAGCUUAGACUAACAGAGGGAAACUGCUAACCUUGCUCCAUUAAAAGUAGUCAAAGCUCCUGCUGUGUUGUGCAUCCAGGAGUUCCUCUAAAGCUUCCUGGAAGAUGCAAAACCUUUAAAUCUAACCACUCAACCUCAAACAUUAACACAUUUAUGCUAUUUAUAGACAGAAGGGUAAAAAUAGGUCAAAGUGUGCCCCUUUAAAGUGCCAUAAAUUAAAGGCUGUGUCACAUUAUUAUCUCACCUUCGUGUUGGUACAAAGAUAACUGAUUAAUCGCCGGUUAUCUCUGCACCAACGACUGAGCAGGUUUGGUGUCUUGCUCAAGGAAAAGUCCAUGCACAAAUAACCUGCGACCUCCAACACUUAGAGGCAGGAAUCUCUGAGAGGAAGCGUUCCAGCUCGGUCAUCAGCUGCCUGAAAGUCUCCCAGGUUACAACACCGGGAACAAGACGACAAGAGAGAAAGAAAGGACGAAGAUGAUGUUGAAGAAGUUGAGAAGCGGGUUGUGGAACUAUCGCAGCAUCGUCCUGAUUGUCUUCACGCCGCUGCUGCUGCUUCCUCUUCCUCUCGUAAUCGGGACAAAGGAGGCAGAAUGUGGCUUUGUGCUGCUGCUGAUGGCGGUUUACUGGAUAACAGAGUUGAUUCCUCUGUCUAUGACCGCCAUGUUCCCUGCCAUCCUCUUCCCCAUGUUUGGCAUCAUGAAGUCCUCUGAAGUAGCAAUGACGUACUUUAAAGACUUCCACUUCCUGUUGGUGGGCGUCAUCUGCCUCGCCACGUCCAUCGAGAAGUGGGGUCUCCACCGCAGGAUCGCCUUGAGGCUGGUCACCAUGGUCGGAGUCAACCCUGCAUGGUUGAUGUUGGGCUUCAUGUCCGGCUGUGCCUUCCUCUCCAUGUGGGUCCAGAACACCUCUGCUGUUACCAUGGUGAUGCCCAUCAUGGAGGCUGUUGUCCAGCAGAUCCUGAAGGCCAAGGAGGAGGAAACAGCCGGUGAAGACAACCCCAACCUGCAGCUGGACGAAACUGACGAGGACAUUGGAAAGAACAAGGAAGAUGUGAGUGACAACAAGCAUCCAGAUGUUCCUGAAGAAACUUGUGUCGAGAUACAGAUGGUGUCGCCGCCUGCUGCAGCUCAGGCUGCGGUGUGCCAUCCUGCGGCUUCCAGACAGAGCGAUCGGGACCUGAUGAUGUGUAAAGCCAUGUGCCUCGGCAUCGCCUACUCCUCCAACAUCGGAGGCAUCACCACGCUGCCGGGAACGUCGCCCAACCUCAUCUUCUCCGAGUACCUCCACCAGAUUUACCCGAGCUGUGACUGCAUUAACUUUGGGAACUGGCUGCUGUUGUGCCUGCCCAUCAGUGUUAUCAUGCUGCUGCUGACAUGGAUAUGGCUGCACUGGCUCUUCAUUGGCUCAGACUGCAGGUUCCUGUGGCGAUGUGGAGGAGGACAGUCUGAGAAAGAGAAGGCAGCGAGAAAAGUGAUAGAAGACGAGUACAGAGCUCUGGGACCCAUGAGUUCUCAGGAGAUCAUCACUCAGCUGGUUUUCCUGCUGAUGGUGCUGCUGUGGUUGACCAGAGCUCCGGGUUUCAUACCCGGCUGGGCGUCUCUCUUCCCGCAUCAUUCAGGCUACAUCACUGACGCCACCGUGGCUCUGCUGCUGGGCCUCGUCUUCUUCAUCAUACCUGCCUACGGACCCUCCAGGAAAUACGAGGCCAUGAUCUCCUGGGACGAGUUCCAGGCCUCCAUGCCGUGGAAAGUAGCCCUGCUGGUCGGUGGAGGCUUCGCACUCGCUGAAGGCACGAAGAAGUCGGGCCUGUCUUUCUGGGUGGCCGAGCUGAUGACGCCUCUGGGCGAUCUGCCCGUCAUGGCCACGGUCACGAUCGCCUGCAUCAUUGUCACCACGGUAACAGAGGUGGCCAGCAACGCCACCACCAUCACCAUCUUCCUCCCCAUCCUCUCUCCUCUGGCUGAGGCCAUCCACGUCAACCCGCUGUUCGUCCUGAUCCCCGCCACCCUGUGCACGUCCUUCUCCUUCCUGCUGCCGGUGUCCAACCCACCCAACGCCGUCGUCUUCGCCUACGGACACCUCAGCACCAUAGACAUGGUGAAGGCGGGGCUCGGCGUUAACGUGAUCGGCGUCCUUGCCGUUUUGUUAGCCGUGGCGACGUGGGGAGUUCCUUUGUUCUCUCUGGAUACGUAUCCUGACUGGGCGCCAGUCCUCCCCGAGUUCAACUCCACAAUACCGUGAUGACGAGUGUCCAGGUGGUUCUCAGGGACCUCUGGGGGCCUCGGCGGAGGCUCCUGACCCUCGAUCAGGAGCAAGAGGAUAAAAUAUUUUUAUUCACCAAAUGCUGAAUGUAUUUAUUGUUCUUUACACACACACACACACACACACACACACACACACACACACACACACACACUGUAGUUUAUGUUGAGAGACUUCGCCGAUCAAACUCUUAAACAUGUUAGAUUUUAUAUUAAUGUGUAUAUUUAUUUUAGAUACUGUUCAUAUCAGAUAAAAUAAUAAUGAAGUUAGUUUAGAUUUUACUGUUUGAAAAUAGUCAAAACUUGAUUACUUUGUUUCAGUCUUUUGUUUAUAUUUCUUUAUCUUCAUGUUGUUUCUUUGUUGUUUUUGUGGUUUUUUUUUAAAA